AUGACGUCGCUAAAGCUUAACGAGAAGUUCUGGUGCACAUACUUCCUGACGACACUUGAGGGUAAUGUCGGCACGUGGUUCAAAACGUUACAAUCGGGCAGCAUUUCAAACUUUGCUCAACUUAAGUACCUUUUCCUCACCAACUUCAUGCAACUACGCAAAUACAAGGGGGACUCUCAUUCCAUUAUAGGUUGUAAACAAAGAGAGAGGGAAACUGUGCGAGAAUACUUUACAAGAUUCACAAAUGCCACGAUGGAUGUACCAGGGCAUGACGAAGGCCUUAUAGCCGGUGCCUUCACAUGGGGACUCCUGCUAGCCCCUUUGUCACAAAAACUCAUGGGAAAGAAGCCCUUAACACGAGCCGAGUUGAAAGAAAGGGUAAAGCGAUACCUACGGCAGGAGGAUGGUGAAGCAGCCAAGCAAGCCUACUUGAAUGCCAUGAUGACCAGGCAUCACCACCUGAGUCAUACAGACUUCUGA